ACGUAGCAUGCACUCGUCAGAGUGAUGUUGAUAAACUUAGCCACGAAAAGAAGAAGACAAGGGAACGUGCAGAAAUGACGUGUGUGAUUUUCCAAUACUGUUGAAGCAACAUUUCUUGGCUCAGACCGCAAAGUUUGCGAACGUUUGCUUGCAGACUGAUUCGCAUCACCGCGUGGCGUCCCGCUUUGGCUGGCGUCUUUACGUGACUUACGUCUGACGUCAGAACGUCAGCUGGCCAAAUGUUUACAUCCAGCAGUGGUGAGUUUUUGACUGGAUCGGCGAACAACAAGAGGCUGGCCAUUGACGAGAUCACAAACAGGAAGGCUCCAUCAGCGGCCCACUGAGGCAUCAUGGGUGGAGCUGUGAGUGCAGGCGAGGACAAUGAUGACUUGAUUGACAACCUCAAGGAGGCGUACUACAUCCGCUCAGACCUGGUGGAGCGGGCUUUUCGUGCCAUUGACCGCGCCGACUAUUACCUCGAUGAAUAUAGGGAGAACGCCUAUAAGGACUUGGCUUGGCGUCAUGGAAACAUUCACCUAUCAGCUCCGUGUAUCUACUCUGAGGUGAUGGAGGCUUUGGACCUUCACCCUCGUAUCUCCUUCCUAAACCUCGGCAGUGGGACAGGCUAUCUCAGUACCAUGGUGGGCCUCAUACUGGGACCAUUCGGAGUGAAUCAUGGGAUUGAGUUACAUGCUGAUGUAAUUGAGUACGCCUACCAGAAGCUCGAUUCCUUCAUCAAAACCAGUGACAGUUUUGACAAAUUUGAGUUCUGCGAGCCAUCUUUUGUGGUGGGCAACUGUCUGGAGAUCCCUCCGGAGAGCCGUCAGUAUGACAGAGUGUACUGUGGGGCCGGGGUGCAGAAGGAUCACGAGAAAUACAUGAAGAACCUAAUUAAGGUUGGGGGCAUCCUCGUCAUGCCACUUGAGGAAAAGCUGACCAAGAUCACCCGUACAGGACCAAACACCUGGGAGACCAAAAAGAUCAUUUCUGUGUCUUUUGCUCCUCUCAUACUUCCGAAACACAAUGUAAACGGCAAACCCAAGACUGUCCCAUUGCCAAAGUACGAGGUCCGAACACUACAGGAGCUCGCUCGUUUCUGCAUCCGCCACACGCUACAAAUGACCACCGACAGAGGAGAAAGCCAAUCCCGCAGCCGUGGUUCCUCGUUCAGCGUGGGCAGGGGUCUGGCUGUGGCCGGGCUCCACAAGUACGGCCCUCGCUUCAAGCGCCGCCGUGUGCAUCGGCGCCGCUGCAACGCCCUCGUCCUGGCCACCCGUCAGGUGGUCGGCAGCGGUAUGAGCCCCUCUCCUCUGGACAGCAACAAUAACCAGGGAGGGAGAGUGGAGGACGAGGAGGCGGCGAGGCGAGAGACGAGGGGCAGUCGGAGGGGGGCUCGAGGGGCUAGGGGCUUGAUGGAGGAAGAGGAGAUGGUGGAGGAAGAGGUUGAAGAGGAGCAGGAGGAAGAGGAGGAAGAGAGGGAGACGGGAGAGCUGCUUCAAGUUCAGCCUGCUGUCAACGUGUUGCGAGAGAGGAUCCUGGGCCUUCCGCUGCCUGAGCCUUUGAAGAGGUUCCUCUUGUACUACAGAAACAAGUGAGCAACAAAGCCAGCAGAGACUGAAGCCCCCCCCUGCCAACCUGUAGAAGGCAGGACAAGCAUGCCUGACAUCCUCUAGCCCUGCCUCAUAGUGGACCAGGGGUCACCGACUUUUAGGAGACAGGGCUUCACAGUUUCUUAUAUGCUUCUGGAAUUGCUCACGUUACCUUAAAUGAUGAUGGUUUCUUACAGUACUUAUCGAUGAUGAUUUGACAAUGAUAAAAAUAAAUGUGCAACACUAUGAAUCACUUCUACAGCAUUCCUAGGAUUUCACAAUGUCCCAUCAGCGGUGAGCCAUUUUCUCAAGAGGCCUGCAGGCGACUAAUGUUUGGGGGCUGAAUGGUGCCCUCGGGCGUCAUGUCUGGCGACCCCUGAUGUAGACUCGAGUACUCAGCAGUCCCAUCUUGUUUGAUCGUCGUGCAGUUUGAUGAUUUGCUCCUGAAUGUGUGUGUCAAUGGGUUAAACUGCUUUAAAAAAAUAAAGGCAACACUUAAACA